GUCAAUGGUAAACAGCUGAUAACUUGGAUAGAUAAAAAAAUAAUUAGUUUGUCAGUGUUAUUAGCCGGCUUUGGACCUGUUAUAUUUUUUCUUGUGUUUUUAUUAACGCAUCACUCUAUCAGUGUGAUGUAAUAAAGGUCUUGAACUGUCGUUCAUUCACCAACAUAUCAGUUAAAAAUAAUACAAUUUAUUAAAGCGAAGGGGAUAUUAGAGAUCUUCAAGAUGGUGAAAGCGGUAGCAGUGAUCACUAUUAGCGACACAUGUUUCAAAGACAACUCUAAGGACACAUCGGGACCAGCAUUGGCAGACUAUGUCAGGGAAUUAUUUCCUGAGGCCAAUCUCCACACAAUCAUCAUUCCUGAUGAAAAGGAAAUUAUAGAAAGGGAGCUCAAAUACUUUUGUGAAACAAAUCUAGAUCUGGUGUUGACUACAGGAGGCACAGGGUUGACCCCUAGAGAUGUGACCCCUGAGGCAACAAAAGCUAUCAUACAGAGAGAAGUGCCAGGGAUCACUAUGGCAAUAACACUCGCUAGUUUGAAGAAGACACCCAUGGCUCAACUAUCUAGAGCUGUUGCUGGAGUCAGAGAAAAAACCCUAAUCGUUAACUUCCCUGGUAGUAAGAAAGCAGUCACAGAAUGCUUUGAGGUAGUAAAGCCAAUCCUACCUCACGCCAUAUCCUUGAUACACAAUGAAGUGGCGGAAGUCAGCUACAUCCACAACUCUAUGCAGUUCAACCACACUUGCAAGCACAGCAGUAAUGUAGACAUAUCUAAGGUUGCUCUAAGACCUAGAGAGUCUCCAUUCCCCAUGGUGGAAAUGGCAGAAGCUUGUAAGAUGAUUGAUGAUGUGAUGUCUGAGUGGACGGAGAGGCUGGAGAUAGUGACUAUUGAAGAGGGACUCGGCAGAGUUGUGGCACAAACUCUUCAUGCUAAGGAGCCAAUGCCACCAUUCCCAGCAUCAGUGAAAGAUGGGUACGCGUGUCUAAGUAUAGACGGCGCGGGGGUGCGUCGCGUACGCACGGCGGUUACGGCGGGGGAUGCACCCACUGCGCCGCUGUGCGCGGGCGAGUGUGCGCGAGUUAACACCGGCGCCGCAUUACCCGCGGGAGCCGACUGUGUUGUGCAGGUGGAGGACACUAAACUAGUGUCAGCAUCUGAAGACGGACAGACAGAGCUGGAGGUAGAGAUCCUGAAGGCGCCGGAGCCGCAGCAAGAUGUGAGGAAUGUCGGCUUCGACAUCCCCAUGGGAACUGUACUCGUUGACAAAGGUCAAAUACUGGAUUCAGCUAAAAUAGGAAUACUGGCUGGCGCUGGUUAUCAAAAUGUCACCGUGCGAGUGCCUCCUAAGGUGGCGUUACUAUCGACCGGUAAUGAGCUGCAAGAGCCAUCGGAAGUGAAACUCAAGCCAGCGCAUAUUCGUGACUCCAAUAGAACUAUGCUCAGAGUAUUGCUGAAAGAGCACGGCUACGACAGUAUCGACUGCGGCAUCGCGCGCGACUCCCCGCCGGAGAUCGUGGCCGGCAUCGCGGCCGCGCUGAAGCUGGCCGACGUGCUCGUCUGCACCGGCGGCGUCUCCAUGGGCGAGAAGGAUCUGCUCAAACCUGUACUGCUCAAGGACUUCAACGCGACCCUGCACUACGGUCGCGUGCGCAUGAAGCCGGGCAAGCCGUGCACCUUCGCCACCUGCGAGUUCGAGGGCAAGAAGAAGUACAUUUUUGCUUUACCUGGUAACCCAGUAUCAGCGUACGUGUGCGCGCUAGUGUUCGUGGUGCGCGCGCUGCGCGUGUGCCUGGGCGUGCGCGCGGACUGGCCGCGUCUGCGCGUGCGACUCGCGCACGCCGCGCAACUCGACCCACGACCCGAGUAUGCGCGCGCGGCGCUCGAACUACACGCUGAUAAGGACAUGCCUUACGCCACUAUGCUUGGCAGCCAGUGCAGCAGUCGGUUACUGAGUGCGUGCGGAGCUAACGUACUGCUGGAGCUGCCGGCGGCGACGCCCGCGCUGCAGCGACUGCCCGCCGGGGCCGUCGUACCCGCACUCGUCACUGGCAGGCUCGACGUCUAUUCCUAGGCUCGUGCUUUACUAUCAUCAACUCUAUUGCAUGGAGAUAAGGUUCCUUUUUCAUUACCUACUAUGAAGAUUGCCACCCAAAAUUCAACCUUAGCUUACAAGGAAGAUAAUUCUUUGUGCCCAUUUUAAUUAUUGAAGUUUGAAAUGCCGCUAUAUUGCCAUCAUCUCUCAAAAAUCUCAAUACAUUAUCGUACUUAAGUCUUACACAUAAGGCAUGUUUUUGUGCUUUAUGAAUCUCAAAACAUGCGAAUAUAACGUACAAAAUAUGUAGAUAGAUGUAAGGAAAGAAUGUCUACACUAUUUUUGGAAAUUUUAUUUUGUAAGUAUGAAUGAAGUGUUAAUCUGAUUAGCAAUUAAUAUAGUUUUAUAUGAAUAUGAUAUAUAAUACAUAGCUUCAGACUGUUGAGUAAAAGAAUAUUUACCUAUGUGGUAAUUAUUCUCGGUGCUGUUUGUUAGAAAUAUGUAUUACUUUUAUCAAUAAAUUGUUUUAAUUACG